GAGGUUCUAAAAAUAUCGGGUUGCGGACUGGGCGACAGGGAUUAAAUGUGCCGCAUCAUCCGAUCGUCACUACAAAACUUAACCUGGAGCGACAAGAUGAUUCGACGUUUCGAAGCUUCCAGGCUUCGCUGAUCAUCUUGGAUGCAGUGGAAGAGACAUUGAGAUUGGUAACGGCGAUGGUUAGUGCGAACCUUUUGAGGGCGGCGCGGAUACGGAUCUCGGUUCCAUCAAUUGCUGUUGCAUUCUUUCCUACCCACGUACGUCAAUAUCACGGCAGCCAAACACCAGCACAAGAGUACAGAUGUGGUGUUGACGCUGAACCAAUGCACCGCUAUCGACCAGGUGGCUACCAUCCCGUUGCGUUAGGCGAUUCCCUUAGCGAUGGACGGUAUAAAGUCCUUCAUAAGCUUGGCUGGGGCAGCUAUUCGACAACUUGGGCCGCCAAGGACCAGACGCAUGAUCGCUAUGUUGCACUCAAGAUCACAGUUGCCGAAGCGAGAAGUCGGGAUACCAAAAUAUUACAAAGGCUUGCUGCUUCACCAAGAAAUCACGAGGGGUCGUGUUACGUGAACCAAAUGUGGGAUCAAUUCACUCUUAUUGGCCCCAAUGGCUCACACGAUUGUUUAGUAUUGGAUCUCGUUGGGCCCAAUAUUGCAGACAUCAUUGAUAGCCACUGCAGAGGUGACAGACUGCCGUCUCACGCUGCAAAGUCGAUCUCGAGACAGGUAUUGCAAGGCAUCGAUUAUCUUGCUUCCAACGGCAUCGGGCAUGGUGACCUUCACACUAGGAAUAUUGCUCUAGAGAUUCCGGAGCUGCAUUUGUUAAGCGAAAGAGAUUUCAUUGCUAGGCUUGGUGAGCCUGAGAUGGGCUUAGUCACCAGGCGAGACGGCAAGUCCUUGUCAUCCAAUAUACCAACAUGUAUCGUCCGACCUUCAUCUUUCAGACACAAGGACGUCCAACGGCUGCUCUCGUCGCCAUCUAUCAAGAUAAUUGACUUUGGUGAAGCUUUCUUCAACCACGAUACGCUCAAUACAUUGCAUACCCCGCUACCAGUACGCGCACCAGAGAUUGUGUUUGGAGACCGACUCGAUAACCGAGUAGAUUUAUGGAGCACAGGAUGUCUGGUAAUCACCACCUGAUAAUGAAGAUUUCAUCUGCUAACAGGCACAGAUGUUUGAGCUGGUGACUGGGCAGCCCCCGUUUGACGUUGUCAUGUUAACUCCCCCCAUGUUGGUCCAGCAAAUGAUAGAGCUUAUAGACGAUGAGCUACCGUCAAGGUGGCAAGUUAAAUGGAAAGAAAUGAAAGGGGAGGGAUUGCAGCAGCAGGAUGCUUGGAAGUUGCAGAGUUGGAUGGAAGAAGUGUAUUUCGAUAACAACAAGCAUCUAGAGUUCACAAGGGACGAGCUAAGGGCUAUAGCGAAGUUGAUUGCAAGACUUAUGAGAUUUGAACCCUCAACGAGGGCCACGCCAAGCGAGCUUCUUGCUGAUCCUUGGUUUCAAUGACUACUCCAAGAACCGCCGCAAAUUCUUAACUUCAGCAAAUAAAACAGGCUUUGCUCCUAGGUCCAGCAGUAGUCAUGCUUUCCCAUAGCUCCGACCUGGCAU